GUGCCUGCUUUUUUUGCGGUUAACCCGCGGGUACCCGACCCGCUGCAGGACUCUAAUUCCAUGCUCCAUGACUCAGGCCCGCACCUCGACAUCAUGACACCGCCCUGUGACAUCACAGCCCCGCCCAUUUACAUCACGGUCUUCCACCUUGUGGACCCGCCCCCUUCCCUGGCCGGUAAAGCUUUCACAAAAAGGAAGGUUGAAGGGGAAGCCUGGAUAUCUUGCAAAAUUGCAGGGAAGCCCACCAUUUAUGGCAGUUUGAAAUGUCAGGGCAUUAGUACAGAUGGAGUCCCUAAACUCAUCUCCUCUGAUGAGUUUGUUGUUCAUGAGAUCACUAAGAAGAGUAUUACUGUUUCCUGUCCUGGGCAGAAUAUUUCUGGCAAAUUUCUGUCUCCUUACACAAGCUUCUCAAGAGUUCAUUCAAAAAAUGUAACCUGCUUGGAUAUAUCCAGUGGAGGAGCCCUUGGACUUUCCACCAGCACUGAUCAGACCAUGAAGAUCUGGCAGACCAGUAAUGGAGAAAUAAGGAGAAUCUUGGAAGGUCAUGUCCAUGAUGUCUACUGCUGCAUGUUCUUUCCUUCAGGAAAGGUGGUCUUAAGUGGUGGGAUGGAUGCUCAGGUGAAAAUCUGGUCUGUGGAUGAUGGCAGCUGCCCAGUGACGUUAAAGGGACAUAAAGGAGGUAUCCUUGACUUGGCUAUUGUGGAUCGUGGAAGGAAUGUAAUUACUUGUUCCCGGGACGGCACAGCAAGAUUAUGGGAUUGUGGCCAGGCUGCCUGCAUUGCUAUCGUUAAUAAUAUCGUUAAUAAUUCUUGUGUUCCAAUCAACGCCAUUGCUUUAGGAGCAGUUGAUAAUGCAGUCAAUCUGGGAUCUCCCAUGGAAGUCCCUAGUGAUAGGGAAAUAGGGACAGAAGGGAAAUUGUUGAUCCUGGCCCGGGAGGAUAAAAUGUUGGAAGGAACGAGUUUGCACAGUCGUGAUUCUGUUUUUAUAUUUGAAGGAUCAGAUGCUUUUAAUUGCUGCACCUUUAUCUCCAGUAUGGAUAUCCUUGCUGGGGGCCAGGAUGGAAAUAUAUUCCAUUUGGAUGUCAGAAACCCAAAAACCCCAGUUGAGACAAUAUGCAGAACAGACUCUCCAGUAUUGUCAUUAGUUCCCUUUAAAGAUGGCUAUAUCGCAAGCCAUGGUGAUGGAUCCUGCUUCAUAGCACAAGGUUUUGAUCAAGUUCUGCAGCUAACUGGGCCGGACUGUGUACCUGUCUACCAAGUGGCUGCAUGGGAAAAGUUUGUUUAUACAUGCUGCAGGGAUGGACUCGUUCGGAAAUAUCAACUGUCAGAUCUUUGAAGGAUUAACCAACAAUACCAGAUAGGCCUGCAAAAUCUUCUGCAAUCCACAUAUGAAGUACUGGUGGCAAAUUGGAAGAUGGAGAUCUCAGUCCCAUAUUUGAAAAGGAUGACUAGUUUUGGAGUGUUGUGCCAUAAAUACAGAAAAUCUGGACUGUGUACAUUCAACAUAUUUUGUAAAUGGCAAUGCUGGCUUGCAUAAAACCUUAUUGACGUCAUGUGGGUCAACACAUAAAACAGGACUAUGCUUUAAAUAUAGAAUCCAGAGAAGUGCAUGGCUCCCUGGAUUGUAUGAUACAUGGUCACUUCCUCAACUGGGAGCAUAAAUUUUCGUAAAGAAAACGGGAAUAUGGCAAAUCUUUAUAAAGAAUCAACCAUCAUUGAAUUAUUUUGUUGCCAGCAUACUGUACGUGAAUUAUAUAAUGGUCUAGCGUUGUUCAUUUCUGAUUGGAAGGAUACUUUAAUUACUUCUGUGUAAAAUAUGCUUAAAGUUAACUUUAAGGUUUAAAACUAAACCCUAAAAAUGCAUAUGGCUAAAAAUGCCAUAUUUUAUAUACUGAACUUCUUGCACCAGCCUAAAGUUUCAGCUUGUCAAUAGCAGCAAUGAUCCAGGACUUCAAACUUGUCACAGGGGGUCACCAUCUUGGAAAGUGUCUGUGACACUCACAUGCUCAGUGGGCUCUGAGCAGCUGUUGAGAAGCUAAACUUAGGGGUCGUCACUAAUUAUCCAGCAGAAAAUGAGUUUGGUCUGUAAUAUAAGCUGAUGCUACAGGGCUGAUUAUUACAUUCUGAUGCCAAUUGCACUGCUUUCUGUGCUGCCAUGUAGUAAUAUUAUAUUGUGUAUUAUAUUGUGACAUUUAUAAUUUAUGGGGGUUGUUUACUCGUUUUUUCUCAUUUUACCAGAAACAAAUAAACAAACUCCCAUCCACAAAUUUGCCUAAUUUACAAAUGAUUAAACUCAAAACAUCUAAAAACAA